AAAUAAUAUUAUCAUUACAGAAAUAACAAGUUGUAGCUUGUUAAAAAUAAUGCAGAAUGAAUGACUAAAGUUGAGUACUUGUUCAAAACUAAUUAUUUUUAGCAUAUUAAAAUCUGCGAUCCGUUUGGUCAAAUAGAUAUUAAUAAAUUUUUACUUUGGCAAAAAAUCUCACAGACGGUGUUAUUUGUCUACUUUAGAUUUUCAUAUUCUCCUAUCAGCCUAAUAACUAUAAUUCAUAAAAUAUAAUCAUAAUAUAAUUAUAUCUAUAAAAAUGAUAAUCCUUACGAAUUGCUAAAUUAGCAAUGAGUAAAAAAUCAUACGAUGUAACGUGAUCACAUAAAGCGAACUAUUGCAUUACAAUAAGAAUCCCUUAGUCGAUACUUUUUUGGAUUUACACGAGUAUAAUACGUACAUAAUAAAUUGUAUUGUCGUUUAUAAUGUUUGCUUUGAUUGCGAACGUUUUUAAUUAUUCGAGGUAACACUUCACAUUUGCUUAUAAGCAAAGACAUGUUGGUUAGCGAUCAUUACUUUCUAGUGCUGAUAUAAUAUUUGGUUCAAUACCAUACCCCAGCUACUGGUUUUCAGCUAAAAUCUAGAAAGUAAAUCGUUCAACAAAACAAAAGUUUUACUUCUGAAUAUCUUUAGUGUAAGUUUAGUAUACUCGUACUUCAUCGCCACCUAAUUUGCCAGAAUCACACCAGUAAAGAUGUCGGACUGCGAGAGUGACAUCGUUCCCUUCAACAAUGAACGUAAAAUAGAAAGUUCCCAUAAACGGACAACAUCGACAGGCAAACGCAAGACACCCACAAAAUCUGCUAUUAUAAGCAAAAAAAACAAGACAGAUAUAUUCGGGCUCCGACAUGAACGGAACGAUGAAUGUGAUGGCUCGUCAACGCCUGUGUUGUCUACGUUCUUCGUUACAAGAUUAGCAAACGGCAACGAGCGCCGGACUGCAAACACCUCCGGCGAGUACUAUAUUGACCUCAAGGUGUAUCAAACUAAUGACGCUCGUGAAACAGACUCUCAAGAACUAUGGAGGAAAGCGCUACUUCGAUUAAAACUCCAGACUGACGGUGACACCAUCCAGUGGCGGAAACUCCAAGCGUUCGUGCAGUCUGCAGAUGAGCUGUUUAUGAAGCCGCCAACGUUUUUUUCGUCUAAUGCAUAAGAUCAAUUACUUGUGUCAUAUUUUAAAUACAAUUUAAUCAAUAUAUUAUUACACUUUUAGUUUGUUUUUUAUUAUGUGCCUUGCGAUGAAAAAGCAUACUGCGUACCAGUCUGUGUUACAGACGAUUGUACCAGUUGUGAGCGCGCAAUAGCA